AUGCAAACACAAUCCUGGGAAACUGGCAACGCAAUCCAGAAACUCAUGCAAAGUAACAACCACCCUGCUGCUCCCUUCCUGAGUUGGGAUUGGCGCAUUCAAGCAAAUGAGAAGUCGCGAACAUCAGUUGAUUGGUGUCUUGGCUUGUUGGACUCAAAACAGCUCUUGGGAGGUUUUCAGGAUUUAGAAAGAAUUCAUACAACCUUACCACAAAAACUGAGUCUUGGUGUCAGGUCUGAUAACCCACUUGGUUCUGCUUCUCAAACUGAAGGUGUGUCGACUCCCAAAAAAACCAACGGUUUUGAAGGAUCAACUCCCAAACCUUUGGAGGGAAGAAAAAAAGGGUAUUUGGAAGUCCUAGGACUGUCUGCAGAUGGUCCUCAAGACGUCCUGGACGUUUGGGAGUCGAUCCUCCACUUUUUGGGAGUCGAUUAG